UUCGGCUCCCAUCUCGCCAAUUUGACGUGGACUGCCCAUCUAAUCCAGUUGUUUAAUUGAAACAGAAUUUACGAGGGGACUAAAUCAGAAGAAAGACGCAGGGCAGGCAGGGAUGAAAGAAAGAAGAGAUCUUAUGUGUCAGAACAAAACUGUGUGCGACUGUGUUCCUAUUUGCUGCUAAUUUGGAUUCCCUAAUUUAGGGGUAGUUUGGAUAUGGUAAUUUAGUGUGGUAAUUGGGCUCAAUUUCCACGAUAUGCAGUAAUUGAGUUCAAUUACCAUGUUUGGUUGUAAAAAAAAAAUCAUGGAAAUUGAAUGAUGGAAUUUGGGCCAAUUACCACAAAUGUGGAAAUCCAAAAUACAACCCCUCACCCCCCGCAUUUCCAAUUCCCACGUUUAAAGACUUUUUAUUUCCAAUUGCCCCCCUGCUCUUUUACAUAAAUCCAAAAUUAACCCUUUCUUAUUUCAAGGGUUAUUUGCUCCGUUCGUGUUUUCUAUCUUCUUCCUUUUGCUUCGUCCCUGCAACCGAUACAAAGAUAAGCAAAAAUCUCCUCCGAUCAGCAAUCAGUUAGGAAGCGAGUUUGAGCCUUUGCUCGUCGACAAAAUGAUGGUGGUCAAUGAUUUAGAAGAAGUGAACGCUCUUCUAAUUAGCAAUCAUGGAGGCAGAAGUUCUAGUAUGCUCCCCGAAACUUGGAUCUGACUAGCGAUGCAAAUGAAUUUGCAAGCACUUGAAGUCUUUGAUCUCUGAUCCCCAUUUCGUUCAUCGUUUUGUUUGUCGACGUCGUAUCGAACAUCUCUGACAUUCUUUUUUUUCUCUCGAGUUUGUUGAUCUCCUCCCUUGACGCCCCUGAUUGGUUCCUUUAGUCAGAUCUGAUUCCAAACAAGUCUCGAAAUGUCGCGAGAGAGUUUCAUCUUUUAAUUGUUAUCCUUCCUAAUCUAUGUUUUUGUACCGUUUAUCAUAUGAAGUUGCAAGAGAGUUAUGUAAAAUGUAAAUUGCAUAACUGAAUGUUGUGGCUGCGUUGAGUGGUAUACCCUGUUGCUAAAAAAAUAUAUCAACAUGUAUAACUAAUGAAGGAGGGUAUUUUUGUAUUUCCUUAAAAUUCCACACUGCCAAUUUCAACAAAACGGAAACCUUUCCAAACGUGGAAAUUGGUGUCCAAUUUCCACAUACCAAUUUCUUGGUUUUGUAAAACGUGGAAAUUGAGACAAAUUCCUAAGUUUUCAAAUUUCCACAUCCAAACGACCCCUAGUAAUUUCAAACCGCCAUUUUUUCUUGUGCCCCAAGUUAAUUCCGGUUGCUAUAUUCACAAACCAUUUUAAUUAAAAAAUGCCCUCUGGUUGAUCAACACAAAACUUGAUUUUUCUCAUAUGAUUUGAUUGCCACGAUGUCCAUUCGUCCUGUGAAUUCAUCUUAAAUUCAAUCGUAUUGACCAUUCUUUUCUGUCUAAACUCAACAUAAAAUACUAUACCACUAACGUUUACGAUAGUUUACAAGGCUUGGGUCAGGGUUAAACAGAAAGGAUUAGCUCAAUUUUCCCCCUAAUCCACCUGACGAAAUGCGGUCCACAUCAGCACCCUAGAUUCCCCUCCCACCGUCGACUCCCACGUUAAAUAAUAAACUAACCCAACUUUGUCCAACCAUCGGACGGCCACGAUUAAACGUGCCCACCUAUUCCCCCGCCGCCUGUUCCUCCACAGGAUUACCCUCUUUGGCUCUUUCCCCACUUUGCCCCUCUUGUCUUCUUGCGUAGCUUCCCAACCACAAGCCCAUUCCCGUCAUUUCACGCAAAAAAAAAAAAACCCAAGCGUGAAAUGGGGGAGAAUGAACUCGGUUGGAGAGACACUGAGUCAGCCGCUUGACUCACCAGCGACACGAGCCGAGUAGUCCGAGUCUCCACUGAUUUGAAAAAAGUGCUUAAGAAACGUAUACUUGCCACCAGAUAGCGACAGACGGAGAGAAAGAAAGAGAAAGAGAAAGAGAGAGAGGAGAGAAGAGAGAAGCUCUUUGGUUUCUCCUUUUCCCAUUUGUUAAUCGAAUUCUUUUCCCCGUUUCCCUUUUCCGAGCUUUCUCUUCUCUUCUCCUCCUUCCUCCCGUUUAAGCCCCUGCUCAUUACUGCUCCUCUCGCGAGCACUAACAGCUUCAUUAAUGGCGGAUUAGACCUCCUCCUCUAUCUCUCUCUCUCUCUCUCUCUCUCUCUCUCUCUCUCUCUCCGUAGCCUUGGUUUCUGGAAGCGAAACCAAAGCCGGUGUCUCCAGCUGGAGUUCAGCGAAAGAAGUAAGAGUAUAGAAGGAAGCGAAAUCGGGAAGAAUGCUGGACGGACUGCUAGGUCGAGGCUUUGCUGCGAAAUGCAAAUCGCUGAUAAAACAGAGCAAGAGCCGGAUCGAUGUGAUUCGAAGGAAGAGGAGCGCGACUCUGAAGUUUCUCAAAAAGGACGUGGCUGAUCUGCUCGCCAAUGGACUCGACAUCAACGCUUACGGCAGGGCUGAAGGACUUGUUGGAGAAUUGGUCUUAUCCUCUUGCUAUGAUUUUGUUGAGCGCUGUUGCGAUCUUGUGCUGAAGCAUCUCUCCGUUUUGCAAAAGAUGAGACAUUGUGCAGAGGACUGCAGGGAAGCUGUGUCUUCCUUGAUGUUUGCAGCCGCAAGAUUCUCAGAUCUGCCAGAAUUGCGAGACCUUAGGCAGCUUUUUCUGGAGAGAUAUGGCGAUUCCUUGGAAUUGUAUGUGAAUCAAGGGUUUGUUGACAGUAUUUCUGCGAAACCUGUAACGACGGAGAAGAAGGUUCAACUAUUGCGAGAUGUUGCAUCAGAGUUUUCCAUUAGAUGGGACUCCACAGGUUUUGAACAGAGGAUAUCUAGACCUUCUCCUGUGAAGGCUCAACUUAGAAGUCCUUCACUUGCUGGCUGCAAUAAAUCGGACUUAACUAAUGCCAAGGACAACAUCAACAUAGGGGUUAAACAGGAUGUCCCAUCCAGAGCAGGGGAAGAACAAAAUGAUAACCGUGGAUUUCGGUUAAUCAAAGAAGAGAAACCCGACUGGAAAAGAGACAACCCGAAUCCUCCACAUCAAAGGAAAGAAGUUCCCAGCAUGGUCAACAAACUGCAGAACGGAGGGGAAAAUGAAACUACUUUGAGGAAGACGAAAUAUGACUCGUCUCCUCCAGCAAGGCCUGAAAUCCCUGUGGUGAAGAAGCAUGAAAUUCCUAAGCAGGCUACUCCUCCGAAAACGGUGGGUUUGGGCAGUUCCUCUCGGAGGACACAGCAGGCAAGCAUUGAUGACAGACUGAGCAACACUCCUCCCAAAUCAAAUGGCAUCGAUACCACAACUCAUGGAAAGCCAGAACCUUCUCCUAGCUAUGCCGGAAUGUGGGCAAAGGUCAACAGCAAAGAUCCAUUGACUGUUAAUGCAUCUCCUGGUCAACACUCUGCAGCAAAAAUUACUAGAGAUGCACUGGAAGACGAAGCACAGAAGUUUAAAUCUUUCUACAACAACGCCAUCCCGCCUCCUUACACUCGACCCAAUACCAAGCCGAAGGAUACCAAGUCUGCAAUCAAUGCAUCUGCAUCUCCAACUACGGUUUUAGACACCGGUGCAGUUGAUACAUCCAGGGCACAAGAAAGGAGCAAUCAUGGGUAUCGCUCGGAGAACAACGAUCCACGACCAGCUAAGGGUGCCGAUGAACAUGUCUUCGACACCAAGGUGUACUAUCAAGGCGAGACGGUAGUCAACCCCAUACCGAAACCACGGCCCUCUUCACGGAGACGACACCAGAAGCCACAACCUAGCCACGACGCCGCCGGUGGCAUGGAAAGCGCGGGAGUGGCGAAGAGGAAAUCGAGAAUCAGGAACCGAAAGGACGACUCGAGGCGAGGCCUGCAGAUCCUGUUUGACGACGAGGAGCAUCAGAACGACGAGGAGGAAAAGAUAAUCGACAAGCUGCUGAUACACUACAGCAAGAAACCGACCGCAUUUGAUCCCGAACCUUCCCAGGUUCGAAGGAAGUCGUCAAGGAGUUCCAGUCGUCAUCAUUCCCGUGAUCCAACAGCAGCAGCACGCGAUGAUGUGCCUGUAUCUUCCCAUCCAUCCAGAUCAUUUUCUCUCCCCAGCGAGCAACCAUCAGCGGCAGCACCACCUCAGGGGAACAAAGUGUUCGCUCGUGCCGCUACCCUCGAGCCGGACCGGUCAGCCGCGGCUCGACACGUGCAUCCCAAGUUACCGGACUACGACGACUUGACCGCCCGGUUCGCAGCUCUGAAAGGGAGGUAAAAGUAAAAACUGUGAAAUUCCUCACAAUUUUUUACUUCUCUUAAGCAUUGAUUUUUGGUCCAUCUCUCGCUGCUGCAUUUUUUACUCUCUUCCCCACCACCACCACCAUUUGGUCUCCUGUCGUUUAAAUUACAGCACUCACACCCACCACCACCACCAUAGCCAGGAAGGACGACGACAGCUGCACCACCACCAUUAUUACGAUGUUUCCAUUUACUUCAUUUGGCUUCGUAGAUUUGUACUUCCCAUUCAAUCUCCAUCCCUAUCAUUUUGUAAUAGGGUUCUUUGUUCCUUUUGCUCCUGUGCGAGAGGCCUAGGAGGAUCAGGCGGGAUCUGAAUGUGACUUCCUCCAUUAGAGGAGUUGCUUCUCAUUGGUAGUUUGAUACACAGUAUAAAAGAAAACAAUGCGUGCAAAUAAUUCUCUUUUCCUGGU